GGGCGCGCCGGGAAGUGAUCAAGACAGCCGGGUUUGGUUUCAAACUGGGUGACUUAUCUAGAGGGAAAACAACAGGCGAGAGUUUUUCUGCUUUUUUAAAAUUCUGUCUGUACGUGCCCGUUCAGCGCCCAGCCUUGGUGUUUUCUCCUGCUCUUCCAGGAAAAUGAGGAAGCUUCUGAUGUGCUGGACGUGCUUGCCUUUCAUCCUUUGGAUUGUCCAAAUUAAUUGUGGGUCAGUUCGGCAUGUCUGUAAAAUCACAGAUAAAAUGGCAGACUGUUCUCACUUAAAGCUGACUCAAAUUCCCUCCUAUCUCCCAGCUGAUAUAACAGCGUUGGAUAUUUCACAUAACCAGCUGAAAACACUGCCGCCUACAAACCUUACCAAGUACAAUCAGCUUGUUUAUUUAAAUGUGGGAUUCAAUUCCGUCUCUAAGCUGGAGAGACAACUGUGCCUCAGUUUACCUUUGUUAAAGAUAUUGAGGUUGGAACACAAUCAGUUGCACACAUUUCAUGGCGAUGUUUUUACUUCCUGUACCAAUCUGAGAGAACUUAAUUUGGGAUUCAACAUUCUGGAUGCAAAAAAUGAUCCUUUCAAAAAUCUGAAGAAUUUGACAUUCCUGGAUGUCUCUCAUAAUCAGCUACGUUCUACAAGAUUGGGGUCUCAGCAACAAUUGGAGAGUCUACAAGAGCUUGUGAUGUCUCAAAACCACAUUUCAGAAUUAAAGAAGGAAGAUCUAUACUUUCUUAGUAACUCUUCAUUAAAAAGAUUGGACCUCUCAUUAAACCCCCUGAAAGAGUUUCAGCCAGGCUGCUUCCAUGCUAUUGGAAAUCUAUAUGGCCUUGACCUGAACAACAUUCCAUUGGGACCUGAUGGCACAGAGAAACUUUGUUUGGAAUUAUCUGGCACAAAAAUACAGAGUCUUUCAAUGAGUAAAGUGCAACUUUCACGGAUUUCCAACUCGACCUUCAGUGGAAUGAGUAAAACAAACCUCACCAUCUUAAACCUAUCAAAUAAUUAUUUGUCUGUUAUUGAAAAUGUCUCUUUUAUAUAUUUUGCAAAUUUAAAAAAACUAAAUCUAAUGAAUAACAAUAUUACGAAACUGUUUUCUCAUUCCCUCUAUGGGCUUCACAGUCUGAACUAUUUGAACUUGGAAAAUUCACAUGUCAGAAUAAUUGAUUCUGCUUUCCAGUGGCUAACUCAUUUGAAUUACCUUAUUAUGGAUGGUAAUAAAUUUUUAGAGAUUACUCCUUAUACAUUUAAAGGUUUAGAAAAUUUGAAAAACUUGACUUUAAGUCAAUGCAAUAUAAGUUCAAUAACAAAUAUGACAUUUUCUUCACUUGCAAAUUCUUCGUUGCAGUUUCUCAGUCUAACAAAAGCUGGAAUCACUUCCAUCAAGCCCAAAGCUUUUUCUUGGCUAAGACAACUAAAAAUGCUUGAUUUAGGUUUAAAUAAUAUUAAGCAGAACCUUACAGGCCAGGAAUUUCAAGGUCUUAGUAAUAUUGAGAUUCUCUAUCUUUCAUAUAACUAUCAGUUAAAUUUGACUAGUGAAUCAUUCACCCUUAUUCCAAGCCUUCGAAAGCUGAGAAUGAGAAAGGUACGUUGCAGUAAUCUUGCAAUCACCCCCUCACCAUUUCGUAAAUUAAAGAAUUUGACAAUCCUGGAUAUGGGUAACAACAACAUUGCUAACAUAAAGGAUGGUAUAUUUGAUGGAUUGCAUCAGCUUGAAAUUCUUGACCUGCAGCACAAUAAUCUGGCUCGACUUUGGAAGCAUGACAACCCAGAUGGCCCUGUUCUCUUUCUCAAAGACCUUCCAAACCUCCGUCUACUGGAUUUAGAAUCGAAUGGCUUUGAUGAGAUUCCAAACAAGGCUUUCCAUGGCUUAUCUCAAUUGAGAAGCUUGAAUUUAGAUUCCAAUAACUUAAAUUUGCUUCCCAAAUUCCUUUUUGAUAAUCUGACAUCUCUGAGUUUUCUCUCCCUCCAGAAGAAUCUCAUCACAGCUGUUGAUGAAGAAGUGUUUGGUGCUGUUUUCAGACAUCUAAAAGAACUAAAUAUGGGUUCCAAUCCAUUUGACUGUACUUGUGACAGUAUAGCUUGGUUUGUUAAUUGGCUCAAUAGCAGCAAAAUAUAUAUCUCAGAUUUAAAUAAUUAUCAAUGCAAUACCCCACCCAAAUAUCACUUUAAUAUGGUAGCACAGUUUGAUACUUCCCUAUGUGAUAGUGUCCCCUUUAAGCUGGUAUACAUUUUGUGCACUACUUUUGUAUCAUUCCUCAUCUUUAUAGCCCUGCUUGUUCAUUUUGAAGGAUGGAGGAUUAAAUUUAUGUGGACUGUGGCUGUAAACAGAGUAUUAGGCCACAAAGAAAUAGAUAGACCACAACAGCAAUUUGAAUAUGAUGCCUACAUCAUUCAUGCCAAAAAGGACAAGAAUUGGGUAUCUAAGAACUUUAUUACUCUUGAAGAAAACAAUCAACCAGCCAUUCGAUUUUGUUUGGAGGAACGAGAUUUUGAAGCUGGAGUAUCUGAGUUUGAAGCCAUCAUCAAUAGCAUGCAAAGAAGCAGAAAGAUCAUAUUUAUUGUAACUGAACACCUCUUAAAAGAUCCCUGGUGUAAAAGGUUCAAAGUGUAUCAUGCUAUACAGCAAGCCAUUGAACAAAGUCGGGAUUCCAUUAUACUAAUUUUUCGACAUGACAUUCCUGAUUAUAAGUUAAAGAAUGCACUUUGUUUACGAAGAGCAAUGUUCAAAUCUCAUUGUAUCUUGGAGUGGCCCGUGCAGAAAGAACGUUUGAAUGCCUUUUACCAGCAGUUAAAGUCAGCACUUCAAUCCAGUAGUAGGAUAAUAUGAUUUCUUAGGAGGAUAAUUGUAGGCUUUUCUGGAGAUUUCAUUCAGUGGUUAAAAUACCAUCCCAAAAAUAUGAUAUUGAAAAAAAAAAUCAGUGUAAAACCAUUCUUCCAGGAUUUUUUUCUUGUAUCCAAAAUAGGUAAAACAUACAAAAAUGGUGAGCAGCAUUCAGGAGCAUCAAAUGUUCGCUAGAUAUGACAGUGAAAGUAUUUUGGAGAUGAGACCAGAAAUUAGGGAUACAUACUAAACAGAAAAUGUAUUUGGCUUUAAAUCCCAAGCUUGUCUCUCCCCUUCUCCUCCACAUGGCCCAUGUUCCAGCCUGUCCACCUAACUUCCCAGCACCUUCCCUUCACUACUUUCCUUACCCACUGCACGCUCGCUCCUCUCUCCCCUCUUCAGCUGCAUGCCAACCCAUUUUUCCUGGGCCUUAGCCGCAUGGCCUCACCCCCCUCUCUCUUCCUGGGCACCAUCCUGCCCACUGGUCUUCACACCUUCCUUUUCCUGUUCCCCCAUAGCCACCAUGGGAUGCUGCCAUCUUGCCUUUUUCUGACAGCUGAAAACUAGCUGUUCUGUACACAAAAAUUCAUGCGUAGAAUGUUUUGCACAUUCUCAAUACUUUGGUCUCUCUCCACUUUCUUACCUAGAAAUACGAGCUACAAGGUAAGAAUCCAGACUCCCUGCCUUUGCUGCUUAAUCUAAUGGGAAAAAAUAAAUGUUAAAAAGAAUAAAAUCCCAGUAUCUGUUACACGAGAAAACAUGGGCUUAAAAAAAAUGCAAUUGAUACAGCCAUGCCUAGGGUUGACCAUUUUAAGUAAAAUAUGAUAAUGCGUACUAGUAGGGAAGAGCAAAAUGUUCCUUGUCUGAAUUGUUCCAUGUAUGGAAAAGCUGCUUCUGGAUACCCUGUGCUGAACAAAACCAUGCAUUUUAGAUAUUCUGGUCAGUAAGAUGGUUCUGUUCCAGAUAUGGGUUGUUUCAGGCAGAGGUAAGUAAAUGGGAAAAAGCUAAGUUUAUAAGCAUUGGUAGCUGAAAGGAGAAAGGGAAGGGAAAAUGCUGGGAAAAUUGGCAGAUAAGAGAGCCAAUUUGGCAUAG